AACUUGGGAUCUUCAGCAUACAUUUUGUUGGUAAAGGUACCAUUAUGGAUGGUAAACUGGAAAAGUUCAGCCUGAAACGAGAUGUGGGACUGAUUGGCGCUGUUUCACUCGUUGCUGGCACCAUGAUUGGUUCUGGGAUUUUUAUGUCCCCUCAGUCUGUGUUGAUCAACAUAGGAAGCCCAGGAGGCAGUCUGGUGAUCUGGGCAACCUGUGGCCUGCUGGCUGUACUUGGCUCUCUCUGCUAUGCUGAACUGGGGACCGUAAUUCAAGAGUCAGGGGGAGAGUACAUCUAUAUCCUACGGACAUCAGGCCCAGUAUUGGCCUUUAUGUUAAUUUUUACCUCAGUUACAUUUGUGAGACCUGCAGGUGUGGCAGGGAUCUCACUGAGCUUUGCUGAAUAUGCUGUGGCACCUUUCUAUCAGGAUUGUCCUGCCCCAGAGCUGGUAGUGAAGUGUGUGGCUGCUGCAGGGAUUGUGCUGACAGCCACUAUUAACUGUCUGAAUGUACGAUUUGCCAUGUCAGUUCAAGUAUUCUUCAUGGUGGCCAAAGUGUUGGCUUUGUCUGUAAUCAUUAUUAGUGGAGUUGUGUUGCUUAUUAGAGGAGAAAAUGCAAGUUUUGAGGAUUCAUUUAAAGGGACCAAUGUGGGAAUCAAUCCAAUAGGUAUUGCUUUCUACCAAGGUCUGUGGUCCUAUGAUGGAUGGAACAACUUGAAUUAUGUGACAGAGGAGCUAAAACGUCCUGGGGUAAAUCUGCCCAGGGCAGUUAUGAUUGCCAUCCCCAUGGUAACCCUGCUGUAUCUACUGGUCAAUGUAAGUUACCUGGCUGCCAUGACACCUAGAGAACUGAUGUCAUCAAGUGCAGUGGCGGUCACCUGGGGGAAUAAGGUGCUCGGGAGCUGGGGAUGGGUGAUGUCCAUUGCAGCCGCUCUUUCCGCUUUUGGCUCCCUGAAUGGGACAUUCUUUAGUGGUGGUCGGGUGUGUUUUGUGGCAGCAAGAGAGGGACACAUGCCUGAUAUUCUCGCUAUGGCCCAUGUGAAUCGACUGACCCCCUCUCCAGCCCUUAUCUUCACCACGGCUAUCUCACUCCUGGUUCUCAUCCCUGGGGACUUCCAGAGCAUUGUCAACUUCUUUAGUUUCACUGCUUGGUUCUUCUAUGCAAUCACACUGUCUGGGCUCCUUUACCUCAAGAUCAAGAAACCUGAACUUCCUAGACCAUAUAAGGUUCCAAUUGUAAUCCCCAUCUUGGUCCUCUUGGCAGCCAUUUUCCUUGUGCUGGCACCUGUCAUUGACAACCCAGCAAUAGAGUACCUCUAUGUGACCUUAUUCAUCUUAAGCAGUGUGCUGGUUUAUGUGCCAUUCAUCCACUACAAAAUCUGCCCUGGUCUGUUGGAGAAACUCACUGUGUUUCUGCAGCUCUUCUUAGAGGUGGCCCCAGCAGACAAAAACAUAUGAUUUAUUUUACAGAUUAAAAUACUAUUUUUAGGAGUUUUAAGAGUUACAAAGUAAAAGUGUAACUUCUGGAACGUAGCUAGGUUAUGUUACUUUGUACUUAUACCUCUAAAAAUACUUAACAUAUAUGGACAACAGUGUUUCCUGAAUAAUGCCUGGACAUAGUGUGUUGAUCUCUGAUUGUUUGAUAAUCUGAUUUUGAACAACAUUUCAAUGGUGUUAAUGUAAUUCAUUGAAAUUGUUAUUACAUUGUAAAAUAAAAAAAAGUUUCUGUACAUAAAUAAAGCAAAAUAUAGCACUUCAGGAAAGUUGUAGGGUCAGUUGGUCAAACACAUCUCCACUAAAAACAUCCAUGAGAGUGUGUUGUUUCAAGUAUAUUCUUAGAAUCCAUCUUCUCAAGUUUGGAAUUUUCAUUUGACAUCCUCAAUGAAUGAACUGUGCAAACAAAACACAUAAAAUGCAAUGCUAUUGUAUAGAGCCUCCAUACUCUAUGUGUAGCUGUUUUACAAUUUAACCAAAAGAACAAAAACAUUUUGAGGUUCAUAAUGGUUUGCUCACAGUGUUGAGUGAACAUUUGCUGGAAAUAGAUUUGUUUCGAUUACUUUGCAUGUUACCUUUUUCGAAUUGCAAAAAGUUGCAUCUAUGCAUGGAUUCAAGAGGAUAACUAUUGGGCCAUUGCUCUGUGCAGAGUGAAUGGUGUUGACAUCACAAUGUCACAAACAUCAUUGCGCAGAGUAGUGCCAUGGAGCACAUAGCAGAGCAACAUGCCAAAUGAUAGAUUUCUUAUUUGCCUUUGCCUACAUAAAGUGUGGCACUUAGAGUAUUAACACAGUUAUAAAUAACAAUGGAGAUUAUUAUUAUUAUUUGAACUUCCCCUUUACCUUCUAAUCUCCAGUGAUGUUUUGGUAAUCUAAUCUAAUUUAAAAUCUACUCAAUAAACAAAACACACCAAAAUAUAAUUUAAUCAUUACAUUACUUUGCUAUAACAUCCAUAAUGAUGUUUCCCUCCACUCAGUCACUGUGUACGUAAACUUAAUAUAAUUUUAACCAUGCCUUUAACCAAUAUAUCUAUGUAUAACUGGCAUUAUGAUUUGUCUGUGUAGAACAAAUUGUAUGUAGUACUAAACCCAAUUUGCAGGUGUGUGAGUAAUGAUUUAUGAACAUGAAAAAAUGUGUAACCAGUCUCAGACAUAUAGGUGAUGAGCUCUGAAAGUGUACAAUACAAAUGUAUAACUCUAAUGGCAUUAACAAACUUUUAACUGAAUAUUUGCAAUAAUGAAUAUGGCAUCUGUACACAUGCGCAUUAAUGAGCUACUUGUUGUUGACAACAUAUUUUUGAAAUGAAAUUUUCUGAAGAAACGGUUUUCCAUUGAACUUUUCAUGCAAAUUUGUAAUUAUGUCGUAAUUUGAAUAUGUUCGUUUAUUUGAAAUUAUUGUAAUUAAAUACUAAAUACAUCGUUGGGGGAGUUUCUAGCCAUCUCUAUGCAGCCGGACAUCAUUGCUAAGUGGCUGCGACUGUAACAGAUUAAGACUGCUCUGUCAGAAACUCCGAAGCUAUAAAAAGAAAACCAAUACGGUUGCAAAGAAGAGGGAUAGGGGAGCUGUUGCUGGUUGAGGCUACGUGUGCCAAUCGAGAUGACAUCGUUAUUUGCGCUCACUUAAAAAGAGGGGAGAAUGUCGUUCGCUGGUGGUUAGUCAUGAAACAGAUAGAGAGAUGGAGUUUUCAAAAGCGGAGGUUUAUAGAAGAUAUUACCGUUCUCCUAGCAGCAGGAUAUUAUGCUGGCAGCACAAACUCAGAUAUUUUUUUUCAAAAUAGAAGCUAUCAUUGAAAUGCACUGCAAUGUGUUUAAUUCGGUAAACAAAUUGUGACUUGUAUUCGAAAGCAAGUUAUAUGAUUUUCUUAAAGCAAAACCAUAAUGAUAAAAAACAAAUAUAUGUAUACAUUAAAAGAAUUAAGAAAAAUAUUGGAACAGACAAUGUACAGACCGGAUUGUAACAUAUAUAGCUUUAUAAAAAAACUAGACAUUGUGCUGUGGAACAUGGCAUUUGAGACUGUAAAUGACACUGUAAAUGAAUUCUUUAUACCCUAGUGCAGUGGUUCCCAAGUUAACUACGGUCC